AUGGCGGGAGGGGAGCGGCUGAAGACGAUUUUGAACGCGUACCCUCUGGAGCAGUACAAGAUCGGGACCAAGGAAGACAAAGAUGAAGAGAAGGAUCCCAGCUCUAGGUUCGUCCGGAUGGAAGCAAAAUAUGAGCAGGAGGGGCUGAGAAGAACAGUGGAAGGGGUUCUGAUUGUGCACCAGCACAAACAUCCCCAUGUCCUCCUAUUGCAAGUUGGGGCCCACCAGAUCUUUCGGCUGCCUGGCGGGAGGCUAAGGCCGGGAGAGACGGAGGAAGACGGACUGAAGAGAAAGCUGAUCAACAAACUGGCUCCUCCGGACUUCAAGGAGGAGGAGCCCCUGCCCUGGGAGGUCGGGGAAGAGCUGGCGACAUGGUGGAGGCCGAACUUCGACUCGCGGCAGUAUCCAUACCUCCCUGUGCAUGUGACGAGACCGAAGGAGUGUAGAAAGUUGUUUCUGAUCCACCUUCCGGAAACAUGCACUUUUGCCGUAGCCAAGAAUCACACUCUUGUGGCGAUCCCCUUCUACGAGCUCUAUGACAACCAGGAUAGAUACGGGCCUGUGAUAUCUUCCAUACCCAUCCUCCUCGCCGGAAAAUCAGUCUUGCCGCUCUAGAUCAGCACCGAGUUACGCGCCAGUCAUAUUGUUUUAAUAUUUUUUUCUCAUGAAUCUUUUUGUCGUUUUGUACGAAGCAAUAAAUUUUCAAAAAAUGCG